GUUAUUUCGUAGAUUUUGCCCCAUAUUUGCCAUCCUAUUUGUGCUAUCUGCUACACAUGGGACCAUUUGUGCAUAUAAAUUAUAAAUAACUUUAUUGGCUAUCAGCAUUUUUGAUCGCCGGGACUGAUCAGCAAUUGAAAUUCCUCUUUUCUUCGAUCGAAUGGUACCAGUUCGAGCGACUUCUCGUUCAAUCGAGUGUGGUACCUCAGACGAAGAUGUCGCAAAUUUGGUUUCUGGCGCUGUUGGUGGUGAUCGGCAAAACUUUUUCCCAUGCAGAAACAAACGUAGGGGACUACAGUUGCGAUGUUCCUCAUGAAUUGGAAAAAGGCGUUUGCGUCAGUGAGCAGGAGUGUCCAGCGUUUGCAAAUAUCACGAAAGGAGACACUCUAGGUUCAGCUAGUCGAUUAAGCUUUGUGAAAGCCUUACAGUGUGCACUGGAUAACGAGGAGUCAGGAAUCUGUUGUCCAAGCAGUGGUGCAUAUAGAAAUCCUGAACUGACAGCGAAUACUAAACGAGAACGAGUGCCAAAAGGCCCCUCAUUGCUCCGGUUCGGGGCACACGACAAUUGCGGUAGUCAGACACCGUAUGUGCCCAAAGUGUAUGGACGUAUAGCUGAGAUCGAUGAUUUCCCAUGGGCUGCCCUGCUAAUCUACCGGGGUGGUCGUCAAGGUUGCGGAGGAGUUCUGAUCAGCAGAAAUUUUGUUAUUACAGCCGCGCAUUGUCUAACUGGGACGAGCUUCGAUAGACAUGGACCACUAGAAAAGGUUCGUCUGGCAGAAUACAACACGUUGGCAGAUCCGGAUUGUGUAUUCAGCGAUAAUUUUAAGGACUGCAAUAAUGAUACCAUUGAUGUGCCUCCGAAAUCUAUCAAAAUACACCCUGAUUACAAUCAACGUGAUUCUCAGCAAUACCAUGAUAUUGGGUUGAUUGAGCUCGAAAGAGAAGUAAAUUAUUCGGAUUUCCUGCUGCCAAUUUGUCUACCUUAUUUGGCUUCGUCUACAAACUUCAACGAUGGUAAAAGGAGAACUUUUGAUGUCUGCGGUUGGGGACGUACGGAUUUUUUCGACAAUUUACCCGAAAUCAAGAGUCCAGUCAAGCUGAAAGCCAAACUACCAUUCGUCAAACCUUCCAUUUGCAACACCGCGUAUAAAGAUCAGAACCUACAGUUGGGACCAGGACAGCUAUGCGCAGGAGGAAGGCGAAGAGAGGAUUCGUGUGCAGGCGAUAGUGGUUCACCGCUCAUGUUCUACCAAAAGGAGUUUGGAGAUUGGGUACUCAUUGGUAUCGUCAGCCAAGGAGCGAAAGCCUGUGGGCAGAAAGACAAACCUGGUAUCUAUACAAAUGUGGAGUACUACCUAGAUUGGAUUCUAGAGAAUGCUGAUCUUUAAAAGGGUCCAAUCAUAACACUAACAGUGGUUCUCCGUAGUUCAUUUAUUAAAGUUCUUAAAUAUACGUGCAUUACAGA